AUGGAUCCCGCCGCUGCGGACCAGCCGUGUGUCAUCCAGGCGCUCCCGGCGAACUGCAACACCCUCCCGCCGCUCCUGGUCCAGGCGCUCCCGGCCCAACACUCCCCGGCCAAGACCAACAACACGCCGCCCUCCCCCGCCGCCAAACGCCGCCCCGCGCCUGCCCCGCCGGGCCCGGCGCCCCCGAGCCCGCGCCGCACCCGCUCGGGCGGCGCGCCGGAGUGGACGCCCGCCGAGACGCUCGCGCUCGUCGCCGAGGUCGCGGCCGUGGACGACGGCUGGUCCCGCUCCGUCUCCGCGUUCCAGAAGUGGGCCAUGGUCGCCGAGAACCUCGCCGCCUCCGAGGCCUUCGCGUCGGGGCCCAGGACUCGGCGCGGGAGCGGGACCAAGAGGACUGCCGGGGAGUGCCGCCGCCGCUGGGAGGCACUGGCGGCGGAGUACGGGGCCGUGCGCCGCUGGGAGGUGCGCACCGGGGGAACGUACUGGGAGAUGGGCGCGGCGGCGCGGAGGAAGGCCGGCCUUCCUGCGGAGUUCGACGCCGAGGUGUAUGGGGCCAUGGAUGCGCUCAUACGGGUCGAGGAGGCGCUGCUUGCGGAUGCUGCGGGCGGUGGUGCGGGUGGGGAGGAGGUGGAGGGCUUGGUUGGCGGCGGUGCCGGCGUCGGCGUCGAGGUGGGUGAGCAGGACGGCGGUCACUCCGGUGAGGCUGAGGUUGGAAAAGAGCAGGUCCAGGAGGAUGCAUCAGCAGGAGAGGAGGAGGAGGAGCCACAGGAAGAGAAGGAGGAGGAGGAGGAGCCACAUGAAGAGAAGGAGGAGGACGAUGUCGAUGAGGAUGGAGAAGAAAUGCAGGAGGAUGGGGGCAAUGCUGAUGCUUCAAAUGACUUGGAAGGGCAAGAGACUGGGACAAGUAUUGAACCCGACAAAAGCCAAAAUAUUGCAUGGGAGCUGGCAAACAAGUUACACGAGAACGCGCAGCAUAUCCACACCAUACUGAACGAAGAGGCCGACCAAGAUGGUGGCCAGAACCGUGCUCUUGGUGGUUUGAUGCUGCCUGAUGCAAUGGAGGCCACCCGCCAAAAAGCCGAUGAGCUGAUCAAGUCACUAGGCGGGCUUGUCAGCUACCUGAACCAAUUCACCGAGCUGGUCAAGGAAACUGGGUUCGAGAACAUCGCCGGUAUGACCUGA